CGCUCAUUCUCACUUUGCUUGCUGCAGUGUUCAGUUUGCUGUUGAUUUUUGCUAGAUUAUUUAAGUGAACAGCAAAGUGCGACGUAGGUUUUACAUUUCUAAGUGGUAAAUUUUCAAUUUUCAGAAAACAUUCUGUAGAACCUGAACAUAUUAGACAGUGAAAAGUUUUAUCUGACACCGUAGGCGCUGUGGCUGAUGGAGUGGUAGUCAUGGCCAUCAGUAUGACUUCAGAAGGUGGUGCUCCGGAAAACUUCCACAUUUCGUUCGGGAACGAUGACGAUGAUUCCAACAUGAGUUCAGGAUCGAUGCGAUGUCCUCUGUGCAGCUACUCAAAGCGUCACUUUUACUGUAGGAGCUGUAUUCGGAACGGAGACUUUUUGCAUUCCUCACAUCAUUUGCUUGAAAGGUUUUCCGAUAAGCAAUCCCGUUACAAAAAUCUUAAAUCCGCUCACAAUACGCUAGAAAACAAGUGCGUUCAUUUGUUUUCUCGUCGAAGGCUAAGUUGUCAGCUGCGGGCCGAGAUUAAACAGAAGUCCGAAAAUAUUGACAACAUUCGGAAGUUGAUGGUUCAGAAGCGGGAAAAUGUAUUACGAUUACAAUCGCGAAAAAAAGAAUUACUCGAAUCUAACCGCAUGCUACGCAUGAAACUUCCCCGUUGCGAUGAUAAGGUGAAGGUGAUUGGCGACUAUGUCCUAUCGAAACUGGAGGAAAGUGAACGACGGCGAGGAUGUCUGGCCGAUUUACAGUCAAAGCUUAAGCAACUGAAGCGGGACAAUAUUGAAAAAUUGAUUAAAUAUAUCUUUCCAGUAUCUCAAGCCAUAAGCAAUAAAAGUAGUUUUUCCAGCAGCGACGGGGAGAGUAAAAAUACAAUUAAUGAAAUUUCCGAAGCGACCAGGACGGCAUACGUUCGAGGAAAAUGGAUCUUACAGGACAGUUUCGGUGAAAUACAGCACAUAAUUGUGGCUCCAGCUUUACCAGGCAAUGGGAACUAUUCCGCGUACAACGACUGGGCUACGGUGAAUCCGGCCACAGAAGUGUCAUCCGUAGGUAAAACUGAAGAUCCAACUAAAAACAUGGCUAGCAGAAAUCCCGCACACACAAUCGCUGCUGCUUUAACCUAUACUACUCAGUUGACUCAGAUAAUUAGUUUCUAUUUGGACAUUCGCCUCCCCUACAAAGUAUCGUACAAUGAUUUUUGUACUACUGCUCUCUCGGAGGCUCACUUCAAUCGAAAAGUCGCCCGCUUGAACGCCAACAUUCUCUAUUUAUGUUACACGCAAGGUUGUCGUCUAGUCGAACUUCGUCCAACGCACACUCUAGAAAAUGUUCAACGUCUACUUAAUGCAUCUCAUGCAGAUCUGGGUCGCCUAGGACCUAUGGAUAGAAAUUUUUGUUUGAACGAGCAGACGGAUACGGCUUUAACACAGUACUUGGGUACAGGGGAAGACUCCGAUUCGGACGGCGAAGGCAAUAUACAACACGAAUGGGAGGCUGUUCCCAGCAAUCUCCCACCACCUGGAGAAGCAGACGCGUUACACAUAGCGGGAACAAUCGGCACUAGUGCACUGCCCUACAGCAAUACUCAUCGAUACCAAACCCAUCAUCACCUUUACAACCAGCACCACCAUCCGGUAACGACAACGAGUCUCAUGACCAGUGCUGUCGCUUCCGUCACUUCGCUCUGGAAGGGCUGGACUGGAAAGUAAUAGAUGACGAAUAGCAUACUAGUAUAGAUAUAACAAGUGAUAAACAAUCGAACAAUGGUUGUCUUGCACAUACCAGGUCAUUCAAAGCAAAGCGAUGAAUUAAAACUCUGCCUGACCUUUAGCUGCUUACAUAUUUUAUUUUCGUAACGUUCGAAGAGAAUAAAUUUAUUGAUUUUUUUUAUAAAUAGUAAA